AUGGGAACUUCAACACCCAAGUUCCCCCUACACUCAUCCAAGCGACUGCGCCGCCGUUUUCUCAACCGUGCCUUUGCCGUUAUUUACUUUUCUGCCAUCCUGGCUCUCCUCUACCAUCACGCAGAAAGUCUCCUCUACUCCCCCACCUAUGGUGCUUUCUUCAUAUCCACAUCGUUGCUAAUAUCUGAUAUUAUACUGGGCUUUAUGUGGCUGAAUUCCCAGGCCUUUCGUAUGAAUCCAGUUAUUGAAAAUGUCUUCCCCGAAAAGAUCGAAAAAAUUUGUGAUCGGGAAAAUUUUCCAGCCUUGGACAUAUUUAUAUGCACGGCGGAUCCUUAUAAAGAACCGCCAAUGACGGUGGCAAACACGGCUCUAUCGGUGAUGGCAUAUGAUUAUCCGGCAGAAAAGUUGUCGAUUUAUGUAUCGGAUGAUGGAGGAUCCGAGCUCACUCUCUUCGCUUUGAUGGAGGCUGCUAAAUUUGGAAACUAUUGGCUGCCGUUCUGUCGGGAGAAUAAGGUUUUGAACAGGUGCCCCGAAGCUUAUUUCAGAUCGAAUUCUUGUUCAAACUCUGAAAUUAAGACGAUGUAUGAGAAUAUUAAAAGAAGAGUAGAAAGUGUAGUUGAGAAAGGGAAAAUUAUUGACGAGUACAAAACCAGUGAGGAAGAAGCUGAAGCCAUUGGCAAAUGGAACGAGGGAUUUACUCGUCAAGAUCAUCCCACUGUAAUUCAGGUAGUGUCACAAGCUGGGAAUGAGAAGGAUAUUAGAGGCCAUUCAAUGCCAAAUCUCGUCUAUGUGUCUAGAGAGAAGUGCAGGACAUCCGAGCACCAUUUUAAGGCAGGAGCCCUUAAUGCACUGCUUCGAGUUUCGGCAGUAUUGACAAAUGCACCAAUUAUACUGACCUUAGAUUGUGACAUGAUAUCGAAUGAUCCAUCAACGCCUCAUCAAAUGCUGUGUCACUUCUUGGACAAUACUCCGAAAUUGGGUUUUGUUCAGUACCCUCAACGUUUCGAUGGGCUUAACAAGGCCGAUAUCUAUGCGUCCGAGUUUAGGCGUAUGUUUUAUAUAAACCCGGUGGGCAUGAAUGGUUUAUCAGGCCCGGAUUACUUUGGGACUGGUACAUUUUUUCGUCGACGCAUUUUCUAUGGUGCCCCAUCAUCAUUUAUCGAACCAGAAAUUGUGGAAUUGAACCCAGAUAAUUUUGUUGAUAGGAGUAUAAAAAAUCAGUCAAGUUUAGAGCUAGCCCACCAUGUAGCAGGUUGCAAUUAUGAGAACCAGACCAAUUGGGGUUCCAAGAUUGGGUUUAGAUAUGGCUCGUUAGUCGAGGACUAUUAUACCGGUUAUCGGCUUCAUUGCGAGGGAUGGAAGUCAGUAUAUUGUAAUCCCGAAAGAGCAUCGUUUUUGUGCGAAAUGCCAAUAUCCCUUAAUGAUUCGCUGAACCAGACCAAGAGAUGGGCCUUAGGCCUCCUGGAGGUGUCUUUCUCCAAGCAUAGUCCUUUAGUCUUUGGCGUUCGGUUUCUUGGACCUUUAAAGGCUCAUUGUUAUGCAUACUAUGCCUUUGGCCCCCUUUUGUCAUUCCCUGUCGCAGUGUACGCCUGCCUUCCUCAGAUAGCCCUGCUCAACAACUUCUCUGUCUUCCCAAAGGUAUGGGAUCCAUGGUUUUUCUUGUUCAUAUUCCUAUUUCUUGGGGCCUAUGGACAAGAUUGCCUGGAGUUCGUCUUAGCCCGAGGGACAAUCCUACGGUGGUGGAGCGAUCAAAGAAUGUGGCUCAUAAGGUCACUGUCUUCUGAUUUAUUCGGAUCGUUAGAGCACAUUAUCAAUCACUUGGGCAUUGCCACAAGAGGGUUUGAAGUAACCAGCAAAGUAGUUGACAAUGAACAAAACAAAAGCGUUGAUUAUGGGGUUUCUGAAAAUCCUAAGGGGCGAAAAUAUGGACUCCUUGAUUUUUCAGAUGCUUAUUGCAAGUUUUGGGGUAGUGAAUUGUUGGCCUAUUUAUGA